AUGUCAAUGUUCAUGUCACUUCCCAACUCCGCGGCAGCUCCUCCUCGCAGAUGCUACUCGGGUACCAGUAGUGCAUUUGCUAACCAUGAUGAGGACUGGACCAAGAUCUCUGACACUGCUGAGCGCCGACGGAUACAGAACCGCAUUGCUCAGCGUAACUACCGCAAAAAGCUCAAGCGACGCCUCGAGGACCUUCAGCGCCGUGCUAGCUCUGCUGACCCUUCCAGGCCCGAAAAGCAGGCCCAGGAGACCACCGAGUCAAAGCGAUCCUUCGAGUCACAGAAGUCGCAGCCCACUACCUCCGGCAAGCCAGUCAUCUCUCAGAGCCAGUUCAUGCCUCCUGGGGAUCCGACUGACAAUCUAUUCUUCACCGGAAGCCCCGACGACCACUCUUGCUCAUACAGCGUUUCCCAGUUCACAUACUCAACAAAUCCGGUUACUGAUAACAACUUUAUCACUCCCUUCGAUUCCCCUCAGACCUAUGCAGCUAUAGCUACUACCGACGCCCAGCCUAAUUACCUAAAUACUUCCGUCACGCCUAUAAUACCUUCUCCCAGAAUGCUAUUUAGCAAUAUGACUGAGCAGGAGCCAUACACCAGCGACACUGAACUGACCCCUUAUACGACUUAUGGCUAUAUGUCGCCCAUGGACUUCAACGCUCCAAGCCCCUACGACCAGUCUAACCCUCAUCGCGCCCUACUCGAGAAGGGCUGGGCAUCCAAGUUGGUCGAGAAGGCGGGUGGGCAACCCGUAAGCCUUGUGGAUCCCAUCACUGCACAGAUACAGCCGUACUUCAAUGUCACCUCUCUGAUGGCUCUUGGCAGCAGCUUGAAGCAAAUUCUGACAAUGCUCAUCGUAUCGGAACAGGACACUCCACCAGCCUCAGCCUUCUUGAUUGCACUUUUCAACACCAUGUUCAAUUCUCUGAACACGCUUUUCUCUGUCUGGGAUGUAACGUCACAGUCACCUGUUACCAUCCUCAGGUCGCCCCCAAUGCUGCUUGGAAUUAGCAUAUAUGCGGUUGGUAUCUCCGCCGAAAUGACAUCGGAACUUCAGCGGACGAUAUUUAAAAAAAAUCCCAACAACAAGGGUAAACCAUACUCUGGCGACCUGUUUUCUCUUGCUCGGCACAUCAAUUACGGGGCCUAUACACUCUGGCGAGCAUCCUAUGCCUAUACCUCUGCGGGAUGGCCAUGGGGUCUUCUUACGGGCUCCUUUUUCUUUCAUGAUUUCGCUACUCGAGGCGUCCCAGUUUUGGAUUGA